AGGGAUGCAAAUAUGAAGAUUUUCUCCAAUGUCCACUGCAUAUGAAUGAACACUGGUGGAUAGAUCAGAAAAUUAUGGCAAUGUCCACUUAGUAGAAAAGUACUGGAAACACUGGGUGGAUAGAGGUGAAGACCAAUUGUGGUUUAAUGCUACACUCAGUGAUAAAACAUGGACAAGUGGGGCAAUAACAGUUCCAGAUGGUGUUACGUCGCUGGUAGCUGCUGCACUGAUAAUGUCAGAUGACUUGGGUUUGGGAUUCACUCCUGUGCCACAAAAGCUGAAUGUGGCCAAAGAUUUCUCCUUGUCUCUUAAUGUUCCACACUACAUCAUUAGAAGAGAGGAGCUUGUACUGGAGGUGAACAUCAUCAACCACUUAGCGCGAGACUUAGAGGUGAUUUUGGUUUUAUCCGAAAGCGAGGCCUUUGAGUUUAUUUUGGCAAAGCAUGGUGACAUCUCCGUGGUUAAUGCUCAAACGCUCAUCUUAGAAGGUUAUGGCUCAGCCACAGCCUUGUUCCCCAUCAGGCCUGUGGUUAUUGGGGAACUGCAAAUAUCUGUGGACGCCAUAGCUGCAGACUGCUCAGAGAGCCUCGUCUGGAACGUUCUUGUGAAGCCCGAAGGAGUUGAACAAUCUUUCUCAGAGACACUUUUUCUGGAACUGGAGCCACUGACCCACAACUACUCCCAGUCUAUCUCUAUCUCUUUGCCUCCGCAUGUGGUGGAAGACAGCCAGAGAGCCAAUGUGGUAUUAGUGGGUAUGUGUGCACUUGUCUUCAAUUAA